AUGUUUCGAAGUAUUGUAGGGGAUUUGCAAUACUUGACAUUUACAAGACCGGAUAUAGCUUAUGCUGUGAAUACUGCCUGCCAAUAUAUGACUGCACCAACAGAUGUUCAUUUUCAUUUGAUCAAACGAAUAUUGAGAUAUGUUCAAGGCAUUCUGAAGCAUGGUAUCAGUUUUACUAGUGGCCCUUGGCACCUCACUGCAUAUAGUGAUGCAGAUUGGGCCGGGGACAUCAAUACCAGGAGAUCAACUACUGGGUUUGUAGUUUUCUUGGGUCACAAUCCUGUAUCUUGGCAAUCAAAGAAGCAGAGCUCAGUUUCUAGAAGUUCUACAGAAACUGAGUAUCGAGCCUUGGCAAACAGUGCGGCAGAUCUUUUUUUGGUACUACAAGUUUUGCAGGAUUUGCAACUAGAUAUUGAUUUUCAUUUCAUAAGGGAAAAGGUGCAGAGAAAAGAUCUUAUAGUGCAGUAUAUUCCAACCGAAGAACAGCUAGCCGAUGUGUUACCAAAGGUCUGCAUAGUCCCAUUUUCUCACAACGUUGUGCACAUAUGA